UGAAUUUGUUUGCGAUUUUGUUUGCUGGUUGAAAUGAGUGUGUGUGUAAAAUGUGAAACGGAUUUUCAACCAGAGUACAAGUCUGAGUGUGUUUGGAGGGGGUGUGUCAGUUGUGUGUGUGUGUGUGUGUGUGUGUGUGUGUGUGUGUGUCUCUCUCUACUGCAGAAGCCAAAAAAAUAACACUUGUACACCUAGGCUCCCUCUACAGUUUAUUAUUGCAUAUUUAAUAUUUGAUUUUAGCAUUUGACCCUGUCAGGCCUGUGUAAAUUUGCAUUCAAAUAGUGUUUACCAUUCGCCUUUUAGAGUUUUAUCGUGGUAAAGGAUGUUUGGUUACAGAUAUUUAUCUACUUAAGGGAUCUGCAAUGCAAGACAAAUAAAACGAAUGCCAAGAGCUUUCAAAUGUCGAAUUUUCUUAAGACUGGGACUUUCUACUAUGUAGUGGAGGCAUUACGGUUCCUGCUCGUCCGUGCGUCUGUCACAUUAGCACGAUUAUUCAACCAGUUGCUCUUGAGAUGUUUGUUUUUUUGUUUGUAGAAUUAAUAUGGAAUUAUCAUUUGUAACCAGCAGGUGAACUGGUUAGAAAAGUGUUACGGUCACAGCAAGGUCAAAUAUCUGAAAUGGGUUUUCUUCAACAGCCCCCUUUUAGUCUGAGGGGUCUUUUGAGGCAUACAGUACUGGAAACGGUCAUAACAAGAAGGAUUAGACUUGGUGAUGUCAUUAGACUUGGUGGCAUGCUUUGUUUAAAUAUAAAUAAAUUCAUAAUCAGAAUAUAAAUCUGUUCAGACUCUGGCGCUAGUAAAAAGUAUUAACAUUAAGGAUUAAAGGUAACUGUUAUCACCAUUCAGCUGUUGGUUGCUCAUCACCGAGACCUUUUGUAAGAAAGGAAAUUUGUUGCAUUUUUGUGUAUAAGGUUAGGGAUACUGCUAUGGUCAGGAAAUGGGUUUUCAUUUCCUUUGGCAUUGUUUAAAAGGCUACUAGCUUUGCCACAGCUGAUGAAAAGUUCCCUUUUUUUUUCCUUAAAUGUAAUUUUAUUCCAGUGUAAACAGCUGGCCUGGUGAAUCUAUUGACUGGCACCUGAAUUAAUCUAGUUGGUCAUGAAUGAGCUAAUCAUUGAGCACCGUGUCUCCCCUGUCCUAACUGCAGCCUUGUGAAGUAUUGAGCCUGGAAACUAAUCUGAUGGGAGUUGGUGCGGGAAUGAGUUUGCAGGAAUGUUAGUUUGUGCUUGUGGUACGAGGAUACAGGUUCAGCCUGAAGCGGUUACAGAAGCGGUAUAGCGCGUGCGGGGGACCGUCACGUAGUCCGCGCAGCCCAACCCCCCGCUUCUGGAAAGCCAAAAAGUCUGACGUGUUGUCCGGUGCGCGCAGAUUUCACUGAGUGUCUAUGUGGAGGAAAUCAUUCACACUCUCUGAACACUCAUGUGACGACGUCUUUACGAUACGGCUCUAACGCAUACUUAACCAGGCUGGUAUAUUUAUUUCUUCAAUUGUGUGGACCCAUUUGGCUUUCCAUAGCAGAUAUGCGCACGUGCUCAGUGUACACACGUAUAUAAGUUCUCGCUGCGAGUCGCGCGCUGAGUGAAAGCUCGAGUGGGUUUUGUCGAUGUUUCUGGAAACAGGAGCCCACAUAGAACCACAGGAAGAGAAAGCAGGAGCGCUGGAGAAGCCAGAGUUGAGACCCGCUUAACACAUCUGUCGACAACAUGGGUGAGGAGGGGCCUCCCAGUUUGGAGUAUAUCCAGGCCAAGGAUCUGUUCCCCCAGAAAGAGCUGGUCAAAGAAGAUGACAGUCUACAGGUGCCUUUCCCAGCGCUUCAAGGCGAAGGGGUGGAGUUUCUGGGCCGUGCCGAUGAUGCAAUCAUUGCCAUCUCGAACUACAGACUGCAUAUUAAAUUCAAAGACUCCAUUAUCAAUAUGUACCCAGGUGUGGACACUGAGAUCUCUGUGCCUCUCAGGCUGAUUGAGAGUGUGGAGAGCAGAGAUAUGUUCCAGCUGCACAUCAUCUGUAAGGACUCCAAAUUAGUGAGGUGUCACUUCUCCACGUUUAAGCAGUGUCAGGAGUGGCUGAAGAGGCUGAAUCGAGCUAUAGCUCACCCCUCACGCCUGGAGGACCUGUUCGCUCUGGCUUACCAUGCAUGGAGCCUCGGGGGCUGUGCUGAUGACGAAGACCAGCACCUACAUCUCUGCAGACCAGGUGAUCAUGUUCGUCACAGGAUGGAGAUGGAGGUGAGGAGAAUGUGCUUUGACAUGCAGAAUGCUUGGAGAGUGUCCGACAUCAACAGCAACUACAAACUUUGCUCCAGUUAUCCUCAGAAGCUCUUGGUGCCAGUGUGGAUCACAGAUAAAGAACUGGAAAGUGUGGCCUCUUUCAGGUCCUGGAAGAGAAUCCCAGUAGUGGUGUACAGGCACCUGAAGAAUGGUGCAGUGAUAGCACGCUGCAGCCAGCCUGAGAUCAGCUGGUGGGGAUGGAGGAACACUGAGGACGAGUACCUGGUCACAUCUAUCGCCAAAGCCUGCGCACUGGAUCCAGGACCCCGGGCAUCCUGCAGGAUACGAGGGGACGGGGCAGACACUUCCGACUGCGACUUCGACUCCACCCUGGCGGUGGGUUCAGGUCCUGAUGCCAGCACUGCACCACAAAAGCUGCUGAUCCUGGAUGCGCGAUCCUACACUGCUGCAGUGGCCAACCGCGCCAAGGGGGGUGGCUGUGAGUGUGAAGAGUACUACCCUAACUGUGAGGUGAUGUUCAUGGGCAUGGCUAAUAUCCACUCCAUCAGGAACAGUUUCCAGUCUCUGAGAGCUGUGUGCAGUCAAAUCCCUGAUCCUGGCAACUGGCUCUCUGCACUAGAGAGCACACGCUGGUUGCAGCACCUGUCCGUCAUGCUGAAGGCGGCCACUCUGGUGAGUUCUGCUGUGGAGAGAGAGGGACGUCCAGUACUGGUACACUGCUCUGACGGCUGGGACCGCACGCCCCAGAUUGUGGCUCUUGCUAAGGUCCUGCUUGACCCCUACUACAGAACCAUUGAGGGUUUCCAGGUGCUUGUAGAAACGGAGUGGCUGGAUUUUGGUCAUAAAUUUGCCGACCGCUGCGGUCACUGCGAGAACGUGGAAGACGUGAACGAGCAAUGCCCAGUCUUCCUGCAGUGGCUCGACUGUGUCCAUCAGCUCUUGAAACAGUUUCCCUGCCUGUUCGAGUUCACCGAGGCCUUUCUGGUGAAGCUCGUGCAGCACACGUACUCUUGUCUGUAUGGAACAUUCCUGUGUAAUAACGCCCGGGAACGAGAAUCUCGAAACAUCUACAAGCGGACCUGCUCUGUCUGGUCCCUGCUCCGUGCCGGCAACAAGAACUUUCAAAACUUUCUCUACAUCCCCAGCCAUGACAUGGUCUUGCAACCGGUGUGUCACACGCGAGCGUUGCAGUUGUGGACGGCUGUGUACCUGCCCACCUCGUCCCCGUGCACCGCAGCCGAGGACACUAUGGAACUCUACCUGAGCCCCUCGUCGCAGGGAGAGGAGCUCACGUCACGCUCGCUCGACAGGCUACCCAAGACGCGUUCAAUGGAAAACUUGGUAUGCGCUUUUGAAAAUGGCGUAGCCCUCACGCGCACUUCCAGCGAUCCCAACCUCAACAAGCACUGCCAAGAGGGACGGCCCCCUCUGGAGCCAAUGAUGGGUCAGGGUGCCAGUUUCACAGACAACCUAGAGUUUACCUCUGACAUCAAACUGUGUAGUGAGGACCAGGAAGUGGGUACAUGUGAGGAGACUCCACCCUCGCUCUCUCCAAAGUCUGAUCAGGACAGCUGUGCGAAUACCGAACCAGAAUUGUGUCUCACCACACAGCCCUUGCCAUCAUUGCCUCAUCCCUUAACGUUAGACCCGGUUUCUCCUCGGUCGCAAGCCCCACCUGUUUUACACCAAACUUUGCUUCAAAUCACCAGCCCUCCCCUCCCACCAUUACCACAGGAAGUGCAGGAUAGGACUAUUAAUACCACUUACAUGUUCACUACUACUGAGGAACCACCUAAUGCUCUGAUCUCAAAUGGCAUAGAGAAAGAAAAGAGCACAACUGAGACAUUUGGGUUUCCUUCACCUACUGCUGCAGAGCUUUUAGAGAUCAAAAAAAUUACUACAGUUGUCCAAUUGGAGGAUUCCACUGAAACCUUAAAGGAUGAGUAUGGCCCCAUGACCGAGCUGAAUUUUGUUCAGAAGGUCAACACUGGAAAGACUCCGGUCUCAGCCCUGGCUACAAAUGAUGAAAAGUGGGCUCAGAGUGUUAAGAAACUCCUCCGUGCCCAGUCUGGUAGUACCAACGGAGGGUACAGAGAGAGUCAACGAAAUCUGAGCAGUCCGGUCCAGCCUGGUUGGAUGUCGGCCGUGAAAAACGCUUCACUCUGCAAUUCUCCGUCCUUUUCCUCGGCCUUGGGACCAUCGUUCCGGCAGAUUCCGUCAGCAGCUCACUGCGUGGACGACGACGGCCUGCCGGUGCCGCUGGACGCCGUACAGCAAAGACUACGCCAGAUCGAGGCAAGCUACAAGCAGGAGGUGGAGGUGCUGCGGCGGCAGGUCAAGCAGCUGCAGAUGAAACUGGAGAGCAGGCAACACAGCUCGCCACCAUCCGAGCCAGACAUCUACUACGAGGACGACAUUACAUGCCUUCGAGAAUCAGAUGAUGGCGAUGAAGAGGACUCUUUGUCAGCCCACAGUGAGGACCGCCUCAGCGAGGGCAGCUGGGAUCGAGUAGAGAGAAAAGAUACCGAGGUUACCAGAUGGGUUCCAGACCAUAUGGCCUCGCAUUGCUUCAGCUGUGACAGUGAGUUCUGGAUUGCUAAGAGACGCCAUCACUGCAGGAACUGUGGAAAUGUGUUCUGUAAAGACUGCUGCCACCUGAAGCUGCCCAUUCCCGAUCAGCAGCUUUACGAUGCAGUGCUCGUGUGUAACUCGUGCUACGAUCUGCUGCUGGAGAGUCGAACGCGGGAACUUCGCUCACAGCAGCUUAAAAAGCCCAUUGCCACGGCCUCGAGCUGAGCACGCUAAUCAGAUUCCCACCCUAUGGGCUUCCCAGGCCCCCUUACGUAGGUGCCCUGAGAGUCACCUGCUGUUUUUUGCAGAGAUGCAAUGCCUGCGCUGGUUAGUGAGGAUUCAUGGGUGGUUGUGAGCUGAAGCACUGCAAGGAAGUGGGCAAACAAAAACUGGACUGAGUCGGGGAACGGAUUGAUGACUGAAUGGAGUCUGAAAGACUCUGAAAGAAAGGUGUCUUUUUUUUUUUUUUUUUUUUUUUUUUUUUCCUUUUUUUUUUUUUUUUAAAUCACACAGAGGAGCUGAACUUGUUAAUCUCCUCACUUGUUGAGGGAGAAAGCCUAAUGGCAAAAAGUCCACCAGGGGGCACUGUUGCCAAAGUGACCCUGAUGUGGAAAGCUUUUUCAUCUCAAAAAUUAUAUCCAUAACUCCGUAGAAAUCUGUGCGUCAUGGUAUGGACAUACAGAUUUAGCCCUCUCGAACUUCUAUUAAAUACAACCACAAAUAUAAGCGUACCUUAGAGGACAAUCUCGUCUGCCCUCGAAGCCAGUGACUCCAAGGUCUCGUGCUCCACCCAGAGGCUCGCCGUAUAAAAGAUGAUGCUGCUGCUACAGUAUUUAAAAGAAAUCUAAUUUUGUAUCAUUAUUUUGUGCACUCUAAGCUGUUGUAAAUUUGAGGGAAAUCCGAGACCAAACCGAGGGUGAAAGGGAGAAAACAUGAGGUUUGUUUACUCUGUGGUCUGAACUUGAAUGUAGUUUGUCCUUUUUUUUUUUUUUUUUUUUUUUUUUUUUCUUUUUUUUUUUUUUGUCUGCAAGGAGUCACUGAAGAGAUGUUGCUGGAUAUUGCCAUUUGAAACUGAUCUAAGGCCAGUUGUUAUAAUGGGGGGGGAGCUUUUGCAUCGGUAGUAGGAGCUUGUCACCGUGUAAAUGAGCUUCUGUACAAAAGAGGGACACAAAUGAACAUGAUUCAUGUGAUGGGUCGUGUGCUUGUUUCUUUCUGAACUUAAUGGAGAAAGAGUGCACAUCAGUCUGGAUACUAACAGAUGCUGUAGCAAUGUUGUACUGUUCCUCCUUGUUGCAAUACUGUUCUUAACAUGCUCUUGUCCAUUUAGGGGAAUCCUAAUUUACCACCAUUAAUGAUUCAAUAUAACUACAGAUUGACAUGCAAGCAGGAGGAUAAAAUAUUUUAAAAAGGAGCAGUUUGUAAUCUGUAAAUAAAAUGGCCAGAUCCAUUACAUGGCAAUCCUGCAAAUCAGUUGUUUUGUGUUAUAAUUUUACAUAUAUCAUUAUGUCUUUUAACAUUACAAACGGUACCUUUUAAUAACUGCUGAAAUGGCAUGUUCGCUGAUUAGCGUGCUAGUUUGCUAAAAACCCUAUUUGUGGUUCCAAGGAAAUUUGCUUUAUAAAAAUUUCUACAAAAAUCACUUAAUUUUUUUCUUGCCAUGUUAAAAACCGUGUUGAAACAGGGAGAGAAUGACUUGGGAUAUUAAGAAAGUUCUGGGUUAAAAUCAGAGUCAGUUAUUGAGAACCGAGUAAAGUUUAAUUUUAUGUGUGUCUGAAUUGGAACAUGCGGAAUAGCAUUACAUAAACCCUCAAAAAAAAAACAAAAAAAAAAACUUUUUCAUUUUUUCUAUCAGACAUGGUUUCUAGCUGUACAUGUAUUGUUUUAUUGUGUUCAUUGAAAUACUAGUGCCAUUUAUUUUCUGUUUUUUUUUUCUUCUCUUGUGGAAUGCACCAUGUCACUUAUCAGUAAUGACUAAACAUAUAAUGGUACAAAUACUUAGCAAGUGAGUAUUUUCUGAGGUUCUGUGAUGCCUAAUGAUGUAGGUCUUUUCUUUCAAAUGGCAAAAAUGAUGAAGGAACACUUUUGAUUUAGAAAUAAAUACCAAACCCACUGUAAUAUAUAUAUAGUUAUCUGUACUAGUGGCUGGAAUUUGUCACUUAGUAAAUGUUGUAAAGCAUUGCACUGUUCAAGUCGAAUCCCAUGGGGCAAAUAAAAAAAAAUAUCUGUGGGA